CAGUGCGCUACAAGCGCUCUGAGGACGCGUGUCGACUUUACACCUUUCGAGCGAAAAACUGAUCGAUCUGCAAGAACGUUCGUCUCCAAUGACAAGUGUGAAAAUGCUUUUUUGUUAAUCCGAGACCGCGCUAGAAAAGAGCGGGAGUUUCACUAAAAAUCGCUGGGAAAAUCCCGCGUCGGGCUGACGUGAUCGGAUUCGCGAGAUUUGCCGCGGCUAAAAAAAGAAAACAAACGAGAUCGCGACGCUCGGGUGAAAUUCUGAACGAGAAUUCGAAGCCAAGUGAUAUCGACGGGAGUGCGUCGUUAAUUUUAGAAGCAAACCUUUCGUCCGGUUCCAGGUGCCAAUAAAACGACAGGAAGAUGUACGAACGGAUGAUUCGGACGUAAAGUGUAAGCACGGUGAAAGACUGCCCCGCGACGAAGGAUCAACGGAUCGAGCGCCGGGAAGCCUUCGAUAUCUGAGCGAAGUUUCAAACUUGCUGGGAGAUAUCGGUGGAAGAAAGUUGGCCAAAGUUCGAAAGUGCAACCCGCGUUUGAAAAUACUGCUAGGCGUGGAACGGAGAGGCAACGCGUAUAGGAUAUCGGGAAGAAAGUUUCCCCGGGACAAAGAUUUCUAAACAUAAAUCCUAAAGGAAAAAGAAAGACGAAUUACCGAUUAUUGCGAUAUUAUUAAAACACGUUGCAGAUGUACAUACGAAAACUUUCCGAAGAUUUGUUCAAGACCAAUCGGAUUGCAUUGAACUUGGUAGUAUUUGAAAAGUUACAAGAACGAAACGAAGGAAGAUAGCGAUUUCGGUAAAAUCUUCGAUAUGUUGCCAAAACUAUCAGUUCUCGGCUCUCACAAAGUUAAAAGGUAGUGAGAGUCGAAUCGAAAUGUAAUAUAACGAAUUAAAUAACCUCUCAAAAAACAUUGAAACAAUAAAAUCAUGCACUACAGAAUUGAAUCAUACACAGAUUUAAACUGUUCGAAGUAAUGAAAAUAAAUUCAUUCCUGAGUAAAUUUUUGACUGACAGGAAACUCUGCAACGAUUAAACGAGAAAUCAGCUGAAUCGUAAAAGAACUGAUGCGUAUAAACGCGAUAACGACUAAUAUUAAGGAAGAAUAAGAAAUGGUAACGUGAAAUUGAAACACGAAGGAGAAUAUUAAUGAAGAAUCGUAUGAAAAGAGAAAACGAAAGUAGUUGGAAACGAUGGAAACAAGCCUCGAAGUUUUGAACAACACCAGUUACUACGAUGCUGGUCAAUUAUUGGGAAAUUUAUCGAUCAACGAGAGCACGGAAAAACCACACGAAUGUAAACAAGAAAUCAAUUCGAAUGGUUUCUUUGAUUUUGUCAUUUAUGGCGUGCUAGUGAACUUGGUCGGUCUUUUUGGGAUAAUAGGUAAUACGAUCUCGAUGAUUAUUCUCUCAAGACCGCAAAUGAAAUCAUCGAUCAACUACUUGUUAAUUGGCUUAGCUAGAUGCGACACUAUGUUAAUUAUCAUUUCGAUAUUGAUUUAUGGCUUACCUGCAAUUUACACAUACACUAGAUUGCUAUUCAACUACAAGUUCAUCGUCUAUCCGAAAAUAGUCCGAUUCUUAUAUCCAUUAUCUUGCAUGGCACAAAUAGCAGCAGUGUAUUUGACUCUAACCGUGACGUUAGAGAGAUAUAUCGCGGUAUGUCAUCCCUUAAAAGCUAAGUCUUUUUGUACAUACGGACGAGCUCAAUUAGCUGUAUUGGUCAUCGUGAUAUUUUCCUUUAUUUACAAUCUACCCAAGUUUUGGGAGGUAGAUUAUUACACGGAGGUUCACUGGAAGUACAACGUUACUGUAUACUGCCUGUACCCGGCAGAUUUGAGAGACAACAACUUAUAUGUCACCAUUUAUGUCCACUGGAUGUAUUUCUUUAUUUGCUAUCUUUUUCCUUUCCUUGCUUUGGUGAUUUUCAACGCGGCCAUCUAUCGAAGGGUGAGGAAAGCAAAUAGAGAUUUGCAACAGCUUUCGCGGCAUCAAAGACGCGAAAUCGGACUAGCAACGAUGUUAUUUUGCGUUGUGAUAGUUUUCCUAAUCUGUAAUAUAUUACCACUGGCUUCAAACAUUCAUGAGACUUUUCUUAACGAUCCGCCGGUUUGGUUGGUGCAGACAGGCAAUCUUCUUGUGACAAUUAAUAGUAGCAUCAAUUUCAUUAUCUACGUCAUUUUCGGCAGAAAAUUCAAGAGGAUAUUUUUGAAGCUGUUUUGCAGUUCGAAGUUAUUCGGGCCUGGCAGAGACAGCCCAGAAUUUCAAACUUACGACGAAUCGAUCGUUACCAAUAUGACCAAUAUAGAACCAAAGAAUUCUAUAAGACAUUAUUACUUGAACAGAUCGAGUACUAUCAAUAGGAAUAACAAUUUCACAAAUGGUAGUACACGGCAAAGCGUGAAAAUGUCAGGAAGGCCUGCCAGUCCAGGACCUUGUGUUUAUUAUCCUGCAAGGAGUCCUGUCAGAAGUCCUAGUCAAAUAUCCAGAAUAUCCAGCACGCAAAAUGGAUGGAAUAAGAAAGACGUAGAUUCUGCACUGUAAUAAUUACGAAUCUAAUUCCAAUAGUGCAAUUCUGUCAUUUGUAAACAGUUAUAAACACUUCUUCAUGUAAAAUGAAAUAAGAAAAUCUUUUAGCAUAAAAAUCAUUCAAAAUUUUCCCAAAUGAGUUUAAAAGUAUGAAAAAUCAACUUCAUUAAUAAUUCAUUUUCAAGGAGGAAAACCACAGCAUUUUAAAUUUAUUUUUG